AUGCAGGAGAUCCAACAGGCGUCACCGGCAGGAGCCGGACAGCAGGCUGGACAGCACGCGCAACAGGCCAUAAUCCAACCGAACCGAUUUGAUGCAGUGAAAGCCCUACCGCCAGCCCUCAAUCUCGCAGCGCGCGCAACUGCAGAAGACAUGAAAAGUCUCAAGGCGUACGUCGAUGCGAUAGAUCAGUACGCUGCUGUUGCGGCGGACGUAGACCAGGCAGAGGUGGACGCGUGGGUCGAGUACUUCCAGAGCCACCAAGCUGCAUGCGUCACCAUAGAUAUUAUGGCGCAGCAACCAGGAACACCAGCGGCUCUGACAGAGGCACUGACCACGCUCAGCAAUCAGUUCACCAGUGUCCGGACUGAGAUGCGCGACAUGUCCUCAAACAUCGCGUACACCAUGAAUCGCUUGGCAACCAGCGGCACCGACCGCAUCGCUCCCCCACUGACACCAAAUGGACCCCUGCCCGCGCAUGCAAUGCGUGUGUUUCCUCGCACGAAGGGCCGACUAAUUACGCUGCGGGAUCUGCGCGCACGCCUCCUCUUCUCUCUGUAUAGCACAGAGGACGACCAUGAGGAGGCAGUGGAUGAUGAGCUGUACUUCGGCCGCCCCAGUGAUCAGCCUCCGCUAGCUGCCGGCAACUCGGUCCUUCGGCAGAGGGCUGUGAAUGCACUGGCUGUGCUCAUCCAUGUGUCAAAGCCAUUCCAUGAAGAGGAGGAGUCAGAAUCGGAGUCAGAGGAGGAGGGAGGGGAAGAGGGAGAUGGCAUAGCUAUGGCGACCAUCUUAAGGGGGGGCGUUGGAAUGCCGCAGACGGGCAUGUCUGAUGACAUCAAUGUUGCUGGACCUGCAUAA